AGGUCGUGUCCCUGAACAGGUGAGUAGAGCAGGGCCGGAAUUUGAACGCACGAGGACCCUACGUUUGUCAUGGAGGACUCUUUCUUCGAGGACGCCGACGAAUUCGACAGGGAGGAUGACGGCAGCCACACGAAAAACCCCCCCUCCCAAUCGUCCAACACCCUCUACCGCGUCCUCAGUGUGGAGCCGACUGCGUCCCCGGAAGAAAUCCGGAACAGCUUUCACAACCUCUCCCGGGUGCUGCAUCCGGAUAAGAAACAUGCUACACGAGGUGCGCAGUACGAUUCUGCCGGCGUACGGAGCGGCGCCUCAGCGUCAUCGCCGUCAAGGUCCGUCACAAAUCCUCGUACGAGCGAAAAUGCUAGCGGCGAUGACGGACAUCAAACCUCCGAAGAGGACGGCUUCCUCCGGCUCGACCGCGCAUACCGGAUUUUGUCGGACCCGACACUCCGGAAUUUCUACGAUAAGUACGGCGAGGCGGGGAUCCGAGUGGCGGUGCGGGUUCCGAAGGAGAAAUACAGGAGAAGAAGCGGUGAUGAGGAAGAUGCACACGUAAUGUACAGCGAUGACGAUGAGGAUAACACGAAAAUCCCGUCCCUCCCACCCCGGGACUCGCAGAUCAUCCGAAGGGAAAAAAUCGAGUUUGAAGAGAUGCAGGCGUUGGAACAGGCGGUGAAACAGUUGAUGCGGAACCAGAAGGAGUUGGAAAUACCCCGUCGGUGCGGCUUGCAGGGCGGAACGACGUUCGGCUUUGCGGCGGAUGGUGGAAGGAUAAAACGCGGAGAAGGGAUUCUGGUGCCGAGGGAUUUAUGAAAAUGAAAAUGACGAAAAACUAACUUGCUCGUUCAAGACCCCGUCGGACGGAUUCUUUGUGAUGCUGUUUUUGAAGUGCUGAUUUCCAUUUGCCUUGCCUCUCCUGCGGUUCUCGCGCGGGUGGGGAAUAUCACAAAAAGGACGGGUCGUUCUGGAACUGUCAACUUCGUUCAUCUUUCCGGUUUCAUAAAUCCUGCACUUGCAGUACUGCGUCGCGCCAGUAACAUAGAUUUUUUCAGAGAAGUAAAUGAUUUGUGUUGCAUGACUGUGUUUUUCACAUCUGUGUUGCUGUUGUUUCGUGUCGGCUGCAUGACAAAUUCAACUGAUUGUGCAAUUUUCUCCUCAGGUACUCCUCGUUUCACCAUAA